AACUUUGUGCGUUUUCCGUUAAAUGUUGCUGUUUAGUUAGUGUUACGCCUUUGCUCCACCUGAAUCAGCCCUCCUGGCUGCUACAGUCGGUGGUUGGUAAAAAGCCCCAGAGCUGGUCUGGCUGUGUUUACAAUAUAUUAGCUUGAAUGCAAACAGGAUAAGAUACAAGUUAACUGACGAUACCUGAUCAUUAUCGAUGAAUAUGUCAGACUAGAAGGCUGUCAUUGAUGUGAAUUUAACACCUCAACACUCCAAGGAAGCCCUGCCGAUCAGGAAAUUUAAAAGGAAGCCUCCUUUAAAGAGACAGAGGUCGCGAGGGUUUUCCAAAGACUUCUUUACCUUUGUAAGCUAACCUCCCACUGUUAGCUUAAGACUUUUACUAUCAAAUUUAGGAAAACCUUAUACGAAUUUGACGGCACAGACACCUGAGGCGCUCGUCACUCCACACCUUCAUGGCAUCAAACCAACCGUCUUAAAGAUAAAAUCCAAGUUUCCGCAGCUCCACAAAGUCGUCCUCUUAGAGGCCUCUCGGUCUCUGCGAUUUCAAAUGGCUUGUUGCCUGAAGGACGAGCUGCUCUGUUCUAUCUGCCUCAGCAUCUACCAGGACCCCGUCAGCUUCGGCUGCGAGCACUACUUCUGCAGGAAGUGCAUCACGGAGCACUGGAGCCGACAGGAGCCGCACGGAACACGGGACUGCCCCGAGUGCAGGAGGACGUUCGCCGAUCCGCUCCUUUCGCCCAGCCUCAAGUUGUCCAACAUUGUCGAGCGCUACUCUGCCUUCCCACUCGAUGCCAUUCUGAACGCUCAGAGGAGCAAUUACCCCUGCAAGGACCACGAGAAGGUCAAGCUCUUCUGCCUCACCGACAAAAACCUGGUGUGCUUCUUCUGCGACGAGCCCGCGCUGCACGAGCAGCACCAAGUGACCACUAUUGACGAGGCCUACGAGGAGAUCCAGAGGGAGAUGAAGGAGCAGCUGGCCACGCUGCAGGACAGCGAGCGGGGACACACCGAAGCCCUGAAGCUUCUGCAGAGACAACUCACCGAGACCAAGUCUUCAGCCAAGAGUUUACGCGCGACCAUCGCCGAUGCCUUCGAGCGUCUCCAUCGCUUCCUGCGAGAGCGCCAGAAGAGCAUGCUGGAGGAGCUGGAGAUGGACACGGCCCGCAAGCUGUCCGACAUCGAGCACAAGAUCCAGCGCUACAGUCAGCAGCUGCGCGACGUCAAGGAGGGCAUCCAGAUCCUGCAGGAGCGCCUCAGCGAGACCGGCCGCCACGACUUCCUGGAGGGCGUAGCGGUGACAUCCGAGAGGAUGAAAGGAAAAACACACGAGACCAAUCUGACAUAUGAAGACUUCCCUACAUCCAAGUACAUGGGGCCGUUGCAGUACACAAUAUGGAAAUCCCUCUUCCAGGACAUUUCACCAGUGCCGGCUGCGUUGACCCUCGACCCCAUCACCGCCCACCAAAGAUUGAUCCUCUCAGACGACUGCACCAUCGUGGCCUACGGGAACCUCCACCCGCAGCCGCUGCAGGACUCCCCGCGCCGCUUCGACGUGGAGGUGUCCGUGCUGGGAGCAGAGGGCUUCUCGUCAGGCGUCCACUACUGGGAGGUGAUGGUGUCGGAGAAGACGCAGUGGAUGAUCGGCGUGGCCAACGAGACGGUCAGCCGCAAGGGCAGCAUCCAGAUCCAGCCCAGCCGCGGCUUCUACUGCAUCGUCAUGCACGACGGGAACCAGUACAGCGCCUGCACCGAGCCCUGGACCCGCCUUAACGUCAAGAGCAAGCUGGAGAAGGUGGGGGUGUUCCUGGACUACCCCAAAGGCCUGCUCAUUUUCUAUAACGCAGACGACAUGUCCUGGCUCUACACCUACCGGGAGAAGUUCUCCUCCAAGGUCUUCCCGUACUUCAGCCCCGGCCAGAGUCACGCCAACGGCAAGAAUGUUCAACCACUCCGCGUCAACACCGUCCGUCUUUAGGAACCCCUUCUACAAUUUCAACCUGAUUCUAGCAUCCACAAAGGUUUAAAACAUAUUUAGAGUGCUUGAAACGUGUGUUUCUUUCAGUUCAGUGUUAGGAAUCGUGCUCAAUGUUGCUGUGGUGAAUUUCCUGUUUCGGUUUUCUUUAUUUAAACCUUUACAUGAUGACCUGUUCAUUAAUCACAGAGAACACAGAGCUGGAUGCUGACGGAACCUUCCUCCUGGUGGGCGUGUCCCGUCCCGUCUUUCCACCCAAACGGGUCACAGGAAGUGGCGCUGCACUGUCAGCCUUACUUCCUUUUUUUAAGUUUUCUAUCAUCAGCUAAUGAUGUAAUGUCCAAGUCUGUUUAGUUAUUUAUCUUUUAUUUAAUAUCACCAUAAAGUUAAAGAGGCUCAAAUUGACCCUUUAAAGAACAUACAAUCCUAUUUUUGUUUUUUAUUUUGUUCAUCUUAAGGUAAAUUGCUCACAUAUUGCAUGCUGUCCGUCCUCGUCUGGUGCUCGCUGGAAAUGUUGUUUGAACGGUAAGUGAUGCAGAAUGAUGCUGCUAUCGGUGGACUCUCAUGUUUGUUUGGAACGUAUCAAUGAUUCGCUCUUUAUUGGGACUAAGAGACGCUUUCUACCAGCUGGUUUUUGGCGUUCGGAGUCAAAAAAAUCGUCACUUCUGUCAGACGUGUUUAUAUCCACUAUAAAAAUAAGAGCGGGACCAACUCUUAUUUGAAUGUAAAGAGAAAUGGAACAAAGUGAGCAUUUCUGUCUGCAGUCCUGCUUCUGCAUGACGAUAGAAAUCUGAUGAUUUCUCAGCGUGCUCCAAGUGCACUUAUCUUUAGUCGCACACUAGUCCUUCAGAAUCUGGAGCUUGCAACGACUCGUCCAGCAUACUCAUGUCUGUGUGUGUAGAUCUAGUCAACUCCAUAUAGUUUUACACACAAGUAGUGAGAAGUAUUCAAAACGUUUAAUCAAAAAUCCCCAAAUUUAGAUGAAUCCUCCAUGAUCACUCUACAUUGGUGUGUCUCUAAAGGAGCUCUGCGGUUCAUAGGAAGGAGGUUUUUCUAUGUGCUGAAGGAAGCAAACACAUUUCUUCAUGAGGUCUGUUUAAACUUGUGUAAAUCUGCAGAGGCCUGACGCUUUCUGGGUGAUGUCACAGGGAAAAAACGGCUCCUCCGUUCCUUAAAAGGUUCCAGAAAUACUUGUGGAACUGUUCAUUUUUUUUUUUUUAAACAAAAUGUUUCAGCAGAAUAUAGAAGCUAUAGACAGAUUACUAUGAUAUUCUCUGAAUGAUCCGUCUGCUUCCUGAAGGUCUGAGCAAUACGGAGUUUGUGUCUGCAGGAUUAUAAGGAGGGAAAUGAAUGUGAUUGUUGGUGGAACUGCUGGUUUAAAAAGAUGAUUAUGACUAUGACACUUUUAAUGACUCUAUUGAUGAUUGUGUCUUUUGAUGAGUGCUGGGCAAUCCUGUUAAUGUAUGAACAAGUUUUUUUUUGUAUUUUAUCUUUGUUUUCUGGUGGUUUAUGGGAAAUGUUUUAACGUAAAUUAAAUGAGAUGGAAAAUC